AUGGGAGAUUUUAACUCUAUUUUAAGUGUUGUUGAGAAGACUGGAGGCAAGAAGGUGUGCUGGAGGAGUUUAUCUGACAUGCAACAAUGCCUUUGGAAUUGUAACUUGAGUGACAUGGGUUAUAAGGGGCCUGAGUUCACUUGGAAAAGGGGAAGACUUCAUGAGAGAUUGGAUAGGGCUUGCUCUAGUGAGGCCUGGAAUAUUGCUUGGCCUGACAGGUUUGUUAGUCAUCUUCCUUUCUACAACUCGGAUCACAGGCCUAUUCUGGUCUGUAAUGGUCAUGCUAAAAAUGGAGCUCAUCCCAGAAGCUUUAAGUUUCUAGCUGCUUGGCUCACUGACAAGAGUUUUAAUAGCCUUGUGAAGAACAGUUGGGAGAAUAAUGUGGGUUGGUUGAUGGCUAGGCACAAAUUUGAGGAAGAAGCUAAAAGGUGGCAUCUGGAUGUGUUUAAGGAAGCUUUGAAACAGAAGAAUAGACUCUAUUCUAGGCUGAAUGGUUUGGAUAGCUUCAGGUUUGGUAGGUUUGACCCCAACACUGAGCUGUUACAAAAAGAGUUGUGGAAAGAACUUCAAGGAAUCUUGAUUAAGGAGGAGUUGAUUUGGUUCCAGAGAUCGAGGAACCAAUGGUUGAAGUAUGGGGAUAAGAACUCUAAGUUUUUUCAUUCCUCUACAGUGUCCAGGAGGAGGCAUAAUAGGAUUGUUACUCUCAAGAAUGAGCAGGGUAAAUGGGUUUCUGAUACUAAAGAGCUGGUUGACAUGGCUGUAGCUUAUUACCAACAGCUGUUUAAAGGGGAGGAUGAGAUAGAAGAGGUUUUCCCUAUCUUGAAUGCUUUCCCUAAUCUCAGGUUAGAGGAGACAAGGGUCCUUUCGGCUAUGCCUGAUAAGGAGGAAAUAAGGAGAACUAUCUUCAGGAUGGGUAAAUUCAUGGCCCCUGGCCCUGAUGGCCUUAAUGCCUUAUUUUUCCAUUCCCAAUGGAAUAUCAUUGGUGACUCGGUUUGUAAGCUUAUUGAAGAGAUUUUCUGCUGCCCAGAUAAGGUGAAAGAGAUUAAUGGUACUCUUAUUUGUCUUAUCCCCAAAAAGGAGAACCCAUAG